AUGCACCGGCUGUCUCAGCGGUUUCUUGGGUCAGUUCACGUGCCCACGUCACCAGCCACCUCACCUCCAUGUAGCCCGCACCCGAAGAUCCAGCGGCAGUUUCUACUUUUUCCACCGCCACCCAAUAUGGAUAGACUCAAGAGCGAUAUCACUAGAGAGAAGCAAAUUGUGGAUCGAUGCAAGAAAUCGAUCGAUCGAAAGGAGCCAUAUGAUUUGAUGUCUAUGAAACAACAAAUUGACGUUGGUUAUCUUUCUUCUUCUGCAAGCAAAAAUUCUGUAAAAAAAUUCCAGAUUUCACUAUCAAAAAUAACAGCGCUAAAAAUGAGACUGUUCCAUAUGCAGAACAACUCAACUAUCGACACUAACACCUACACUUCGCCUUCGUCGAAUUUAAAUAAACAAAUUCGGAACACUCAGGCGAUGUAUUUCGGAGCACGGAAAGUUCGAGAAAGUCUGAUAAAAGAGGAGUCGCCGAACGAGAAAGUGCUUCGGGAGACGGAGCAAACGAUUCUGAUGCUCAACGAGAAGCUGGAGUUGCUCAUUAAGUGCUCCAAUCAGAAAGAAUCAAUCGGCACACCAAUCAGCGUUCGCCGCUCACGAGAUGGCUCUAAAAAAGACUGCACCCUUCCCGUUCAAGUCUCCGGACUCCUGAAUAUUCGAGUAACAGGUCUCGCAGAUCUCCCGAAUAACACGAAGCCGCGCUUCGGAAAUUAUGCAUCUGAAUAUCUUGCACAAUCGAUAAAAAAGAAACGAUCGGUGUUCGGAAGACACGGGUUCCGAAGGCAUCAUCGAGUUCCGGCACCUAACGACUACAUUGUGAUGAUUCAUGUGGGAGGAAAAGAGGUGGCGACGAUGGUUUGGAAUGAGAAGAAAACAAUGGUCGGAGGAGAUGAGGAAUCGAUUCAACUUUUCAAAUCGAGACAACUGGAUUUUGAGGUUUACCAUACGGAUAGUCGAUCACUAUGUGCCAUUGGAUCCAUGCGAUUAGAAUCGCUUCUCGAUGAGCAUGAUGCUAAAGGCCCAUUCGCCACAUUUGCUCAUAUGUCAGUUGACUUGAUACCACAAGGAUCCUUAUAUUUCCAGACAACAUAUUCCGACCCGAAACAAACGCUAGAUAAGAAAAUCGAGGAAAGCUAUACGGAUGGAUCGUCGAAGCUGUCGCUCAGCAUGCGAAAAAGUGGCAGCAUCCUCGCCCGUGGCUCACAGACCCGUUUCAAUCCGAGAACUCCAAUUUCAAUGAGCCAAUUCUUACCACCAUCAACAUCUACGGUCAAACCAUGUCGAAUAGAUUCAAUGGAUUCUUAUCGUGUACUGAAGGAGAGAAUUGGUCACGGAGCAUUUGGAGUGGUUCAGCUGGGACAACGAAUUGAGGAUGACAUGUAUUGUGCUAUCAAGAUUAUUGAAAGAGAUCCGACGACUGGAAAACUGGAGACUGGUGAACUGAAAACUCUGAGAAACAUCAGUCACCCAUUCAUUUGUGAACUGCUGGCUAGCUUUGUGGAGAAUGACGCUGUUCAUUUGAUUCUGGAGUUCUGUGAAGCUGGAGACCUCCACACUCAUUUGUCAUUUACCGAUCAAGGAUUCGCUAAAGAGCACGUCACCUAUUUCGCCGCUUCCAUUGUGCUCGCUGUCGAGUAUUUGCACAACAAUCUGUAUAUUCAUCGAGACUUGAAAACGGAGAAUAUGAUGCUGACGCGAGGUGGAAUCUUGAAGGUUAUUGAUUUUGGAUUGUGCAAGAAGCUGUCAUCUCGAGGCGAGAAGCUCAACGAAAUAGUCGGUACGAAUACGCACUUGGCGGCAGAGGUUUUGAGACGAGAACCGUAUGGAAUUGAGUCGGAUUGGUGGGCAGUGGGCGUGUCGUUGUAUCAGUUGAGAACUCGAGAGCAACCAUUCUUUGAUUCGCGCGUCGAUGAGAUGCGGAGGAAUUCAAGAGUUCACGAUUGGUAUACAUUCAACGACUUGUUGAUUUCAUUUAUGGCUCUCCACCCAGAAGCACGCUUAGGAUACUAUUCAACUGACGACGUCAAAAAGCAUCCAUUCUUCAUGGAAACGGAUUUCGACGCGAUACUCCAUUCGACACGACCACCACCGUAUUUGCCUCUUCUGAAUCCUCAUCUGGAUCUUCGCUACUUUCACGACGACGAUGAAAGCGAAAUCGACACAUCAGUGUCUUCCUAUUCGUCAACGAACUCAUUUCAAAACAACAAUUACAAAGAUUUGGUGUUAUAA